ACACGGCGGCAGCAGCAGCGGACACGCGCAGACGCCUGGCCUUCAUCACGUCAUCUUCAUCUUCAUCAUCCUCAGCAGCGGCGUCUAACACGGUGUGUGUGCGCGUGCGCGUGCGUGUUUGUGUGUGGUCGUGCUGCUAGCGAGGACAUGGCCGGCAUCUUGGCGUGGUUCUGGAACGAGCGCUUCUGGCUCCCGCACAACGUGACGUGGGCAGACUUGAAGAACACCGACGAGGCCACCUUCCCGCAAGCGGAGGACCUUUACCUCGCUGGCCCUUUGGCCUUCUGCGUCGUUAUGCUGCGGCUGCUGUUCCAGAGGUUGAUUGCAAGGCCGUGUGCUGUGGGCCUGAAAAUUCAAGCCAACGGGCCACAAAAAGCCCAACCCAACGCCAUCUUGGAGAAGGUUUUCACCGCCAUUACCAAGCACCCCGAUGAAAAGAGGCUGGAGGGAUUGUCCAAGCAGCUGGACUGGGACGUCCGCACCAUCCAGCGCUGGUUCAGACAACGACGCAACCAAGAGAAACCCAGCACUCUGGCCCGCUUCUGUGAGAGCAUGUGGCGGUUUACAGUUUAUCUGUACAUUUUCACUUAUGGAGUGCGGUUCCUUAAAAAGACACCCUGGCUGUGGAACACUAAAGAAUGCUGGUACAACUACCCUUACCAGCCAUUGUCUGUGGACAUCCACUAUUACUACCUGCUGGAGCUGUCCUUCUACAUGUCCAUGCUCUUCUCCCAAUUCACUGACUUCAAGAGGAAGGACUUCUUCAUCAUGUUCCUGCACCACCUGGCAACCAUCUCCCUCAUCACCUUCUCCUACGUCAACAACAUGGCAAGAGUUGGAACUCUGGUCAUGUGUCUGCACGACGCCGCGGAUAUCCUCAUAGAGGCAGCCAAGAUGGCCAACUAUGCCAAAUGUCACAUAUUGUGCAACCUCCUCUUUGCCAUCUUUGCAAUUCUCUUCAUCAGUUCCAGGCUGGCAGUUUACCCAGUCUGGAUUCUCAAUACCACCCUGUUCGAGAGUUGGGAAAUUGUUGGACCUUACCCAUCCUGGUGGGUCUUCAACCUGCUUCUAAUCUUACUGCAGCUUCUUCACUCCUACUGGUCCUACCUCAUAGUGAAGACCACAUACCACGCCGUCUCCAAAGGAAAGGUGGGGAAAUGGAGUCCUUUACAUGUGUCUAAAGAUGACCGCAGUGACAUCGAGUCCAGCUCGGACGAGGAUGAAAGCCCUCCACCCAAACAGAAAGCCCACAGCAGCGCCACCAACGGGACCAACAAAGCCCACGGGACCAAUGGCUACCUGACAGCAGCUUUUUCCCCUGAUGAACACUGACUGUACUGACACAGCCAUGUGGGGACAUCAUUAACACCACUUAUUUGAUCCUCAACUUCUUUAUGGCUUCACUUUUCAGUUUGACUCAUUUCCAUCAGACAUUUAAUCCUCUCUUCUGCAUAAUUGCAUCAGCUAUCAUGCAAACUUUUUUGUCAGAGACUGAAAAUGUAUUCUUCUUUACGGCUUUAAGCAAACUACAGUUAGGACACACCUUCUCCUCAUUCAAUGCCAUGUUUUCU